AUGUAUGAGAAAGCUUUUGAGAGGUUAUUUUUGGAGGAUGAUUGUUAUAGAGAUGAUCUUAUCAAACAUGGUCCUGGGGUUCCGACUAGUUACGAUUGGAAACAUGUUAAGAGUCUCUCUAUUUUCUUUCGAAAUUUUUAUCUUUUCACUUUAAAGGUUUCUGGUUCAAAAUAUAUUACUGCCAGUACAUACUUGGAUGAUAUUUCUGAGAUUUAUGGAGUAUUGAAAGAAUAUUUGUCACAUGAAGAUGAUGACUUUAGAAAUAUGGCAGUAAAGAUGAAGAAAUACUUCGAUAAAUAUUGGGGGAAUGUAGAGAAGUUUAACAUGCUGGUUUUCAUUGCUUGUGCAUUUGAUCCUAGGCACAAAUUUGACUAUUGUAAAAUUGUUCUUUGCAAUAUGUAUGGUGAAGUGGAAGGUAAGAAGAUUACUGAAAUUGUGAAGAGUGCCUUAUAUGAACUAUUUAUUGAUUAUAAGAGAAUUCAUUCCAGAACUUUUGGAUCUUCAUCUUUCAUUUUAGUUUCUGAAUCUGCUUUAAUUCCUCCAAGUUCUUUUGAGGUUGGUAAUGAUGUUGAUCCUAUGACAAAAAUGAGACAAAAAAGUUUGGCUGAAUUGAAAAGGAGAAAGACAUCAAGUGGAGUAACUAGGGAUACUAAGUCAGAGUUGGAUAGAUAUUUAACCGAAGAUGAUGAAGAAGAUAAAUGUAUACUUGAGAAUUCAUCCUUUAGUCUUUUGGAUUGGUGGAAGAAAAAGAGUCCAGCGUUUCUUGUAUUGUCAUUACUUGCUCGUGAUAUUUUAGCUAUUCCAGUUUCUACGGUUUCUUCGGAGUCGGUCUUUAGUACCGGAGAAAGAAUUCUUGAUGCAUUUAGGAGUUCUUUAAUUCCUAUAAUUGCACAAGCAUUGAUAUGUAGACAAUAUUGGAUUCGUUCUUGUGAAUCUCCAAUAAAUAUAGAAGAAAACCUGGAGGAGCUUGAAAAUUUUGAACAAGAAUUGAAACAAUCGAUAUCGGAGUCCAAUGAGGUUGAUGUUUAG